UUGUUAUUUUAUUUUCAUAUAUAUUUUUAUGUAAAUAUGACUGUUCAAAAUCAGACGUAAUUGCUUGCGAAAACUUUUACCAUAAAUUGUUCAAGUGUUAACAAAUGAACAAAUGACACCAUUUAAAAAAUUUGAUAAGAAAUGUUAGUUGCAAUAAAAGAAAUACGCAAAACACUGCGCAGACAGCAAUUACAUUGGUUACGUAAUCUACGGUAAAGGGUUACAACCUUCGCCAUACGAGGUGACUUAGUAUCAACUGCAUCAUGGAUAAUACACGACGUUAUAACACGAGUCGUCUUCCAGGACCUGCAAUAAAUGCAGUUGUAGAAAAUUCAGAAGAACCACAGCCAAGUCUAUCUGAUUUACAUGAUUUUGAGCCUAAAUUAGAAUUUGAUGAUACUGAGCUGUUAUCGCCUACACCGCUGCAAAAAGAUGUAAUGGUUGGUGAUUUUGUUCUAACCGAUGAUCCAGAAAUUACACCAGAGGAGAUUGUAAAUCCCUUAGAAGAUGAUUUUGACCAACUAAGAGAGCAAUCAGAGAAUUUUACUGCACCAAAAAAUAAAUGUGAUUUUCUUGGUACAGACAAACAAGGUAGACAUAUAUUUGGUAUUUAUGCCUCACGUUUUCCAGAAAAAUCACAAAUGGAAAGAUUCAUACGUGAUGUUAUAAAAGAAAUUGAACCAUUUGUAGAGAAUGAUUAUAUUCUCGUGUAUUUUCAUCAAGGCUUAAAGGAAGAUAACAAGCCAUCCGCACAAUUUCUCUGGAAUUCAUAUAAAGAACUCGAUAGAAAUUUUCGCAAAAAUCUUAAAAAUUUAUAUGUUGUGCAUCCAACUUGGUUUAUACGUGUCAUUUGGAAUUUUUUCAGUCCAUUCAUUAGUGAAAAGUUUCGUAAAAAGCUUGUAUAUAUAUCUAGUUUAGACGAAUUGAGACAAGCUUUGGGUUUAUGUAAACUAAAAUUACCUGAUAAUAUUUGUGACAUUGACGACAAGCUUAAUUCAAAUCGUAAAUACACAAGUCACGGCACUAGCACACAUUCCAGCACAUCAAACAAGCAAAUGGCAAAGACAGCACAAUUUGGUGUAACAUUAAAAUUUAUUGUAACAAAUAGUCCUUGCUUAAAUUCUAUACCACCAAUUGUACGAAAAUGCGUUGAUUCAUUGUCAAUGACAGGUAUGAUAGAUACUGAGGGAAUAUUCCGACGCUCCGGUAACCAUGCAGAAAUAAUUGCUCUAAAAGAUCGUGUUAAUCGUGGUGAAGAUGUUGAUUUAAAAGACGUCAACGUACAUGUCAUUGCAGGAUUGUUAAAAAGUUUUUUACGUGAUCUAUCCGAGCCAUUACUUACAUUUGAACUAUAUGAUGACAUAACCAAUUUUUUGGAAUGGCCGAAAGAAGAACGUUCACGUAAUGUAACACAAUUAAUUAGGGAAAAACUACCUGAAGAAAACUAUGAGCUUUUCAAAUAUUUAGUAGAAUUCUUAGUUCGGGUGAUGGAAUGUGAAGAUCUAAAUAAAAUGACCUCAUCUAACUUAGCUAUAGUAUUUGGACCAAAUUUUCUGUGGUCAGGGAAAAAUAGUACAUCAUUAGAGGAAAUAACGCCAAUAAAUGCUUUUAUUGAUUUUGUGCUACAAAAUCAUAAAGACAUUUAUCUUAUCGAUGUAAAUCAACGUCCAACGCCUAUCGGUUAAAUAUAUAUUAAAUACAAUUUAUGAAAUACAUAAAAUUACGCUGAGAACUCAUUUGAUAUGUAGUUUUGUAGUUUUUUAAUAAUGAGAUUGUUUAAAAUACUUAAAAAUAAAAUAUGCAUUGUAAUGCUAUUUUACAUGUUUAUAUAUAUAUAUAUACACUUAUAUGUUUGAUAAAUUAUUGUAGAAUUUUUAUAAACAACAUGUCCACAUGUCCACAUGUUUAUAUGAUUUUAUAUGAUUAAUAAUAGCCAAAGAAAUUACCAUUCGAUUUCUAAGCAUAGAUCGCUUUAUAUUCUAUUGUUCAGCAGAUCAAUUUUACACAGACAAACGCUUAAUAUCUUAUACCCUUUGUAAAUUAAGUACAGUCGUAAUUAAAUAUUUGUCCAUACAUAUGUAAUUAAACAUUUUUACACAAAGCAAUUAAAUUUAUAAGCAACGGAAAAACUAGAAUAAAAAAUAGUAAAAUUAGAAAAUAUUUAUGCACUUCUCUAAACUCAGUCACAAAUGCUAAUUAUGCAGCUUUUAUGUAGUAUUUAAAUAAUUCUUGGAUAUUUGUAAAUAAUAGAUACAAUCAAUCAUUUAAAGCCUGGUUUAAUUAAAAUAGUUUUUCGUUUUUAUAUAAUCAUAGUGAAUUUCAAUCUACAGUCAACAAACGAAAAAACUUGUUUUAUGAAAUAAGUAUAGUCCGACAUUUUACCUAGUUUAAAUAAAUAUUAACGUGUGGAAAUAUUUGAUUGGUAACACAAUUAAAUUACCUAAAUAAUACCAUGUAAAGUUAUGAACUUUGUAAAAAAUUAUGUAAUAUAUAUGAGUAACUUUUAGAUAAUAAUUUUUAAAGGUUGAAAAUAAAAAAAAA